AUGGAGAUAUCUUCCCAUCAAUUUCAUCUCCUGCAGCAACUGAAUGAGCAGCGCCAGCAAGACUUAUUCUGUGACUGCUGUAUUCUGGUGGAGGGAAAGGUUUUCAAAGCACAUCGAAAUGUGCUGUUUGCCAGUAGUGGUUAUUUCAAAAUGCUCCUUUCCCAGAGCUCAAAGGAGACAAGUCAGCCAACGACAGCUACCUUCCAGGCCUUUUCUCCUGACACAUUUACCGUUAUUCUGGAUUUUGUGUAUUCUGGCAAACUCUCUCUCACUGGCCAGAAUGUCAUUGAGGUCAUGUCAGCUGCUAGUUAUCUUCAGAUGACUGAUGUUAUUAGUGUUUGUAAGACCUUCAUUAAGUCAUCACUGGACAUCAGUGAGAAGGAGAAGGAUAGAUAUUUCAGCCUGUCAGACAAAGAUGUAAAUUCCAAUGGUGUGGAACGCUCAUGCGUGUAUGGUGCUGAUUGGAGAACAGAGAACAGUCCCCCUCAUUCUCACUUAAAUCCUGAUCAAGGGACUUGUGUGAUGAGUGGCAAUGCUUGGAGCAAUUUCAGCUACUAUCCAACUUCUCAAAGAAAUGCGCAGCAGCUGGCCAAACAUGACCAAAGGCAGGAUUCCAUUAAAAAAACUAGACAUUUAGGAUUGCAACAAUCCUCUGAUAUUCCCCAUUAUAAAUCAAGCAAGCUUGAAGACCGAUCCUCAGACCCCACUAGCCACAUUUCUCAAUCUGAGGAGGAAGUCCAAAUUGACCCAGAAAUUGACUCUGCCCAUGCUGGGUACCAAUAUGGUCAGGGGUCCGAUGUGAUGCCAAGGAGCUUGGAUGAUCUGCCCAGGAUGAGAUUCAAGUGCCCAUUCUGCACUCAUGUGGUGAAGCGAAAAGCAGACCUAAAGCGCCACCUUCGUUGCCAUACAGGAGAACGACCUUAUCCAUGUGAGGCAUGUGGAAAAAGAUUUAGCAGGCUAGACCACCUAAGUAGCCAUUUUCGAACAAUUCAUCAGGCCUGUAAGCCAAUCUGCAGAAAGUGUAAGCGCCAUGUGACUGAGCUAACAGGGCAAGUGGUCCAAGAGGGGACAAGACGUUACAGACUCUGUAAUGAGUGUCUGGCUGAAGCUGGCAUAGACAGCAUCCGUAUUGACUUGGAGGCUGAACCACAGCUUGAAUUUCCACAAGAAGGGGAUAAAGAUUCCAGGUGGCACUACAGUGAAGACAACAGAUCUGAUGUGGAGAUUGUGGAGGAUGGGUCUACUGACUUGGUCAUCCAACAGGUUGAUGAUAGUGAAGAUGAAGCAGAAGAACAGGAAGUCAAGCCAAAUAUUAGGUAG